UUAUUAUUAUUUCUUUUUUUGUGUUGGUUUUGUUUUCCAAUCAGCCGUGGACGGACAGGCGUGGGGGGAUGAUUUGAUGGGUGGAUCCGCUCUGACUGCUGCUGCAUCCAUGGCAAACACUAGCGAGUUCGGGGAGAGCAGCGCGUCCUUCCCCGGCUACGCGUCCACGGCCUCUGCGCUCAAGCUGGCGUCACUGGGGCUGAUCAUGGCCAUGAGUCUGCUGGGAAACGCGUCUCUGUCGCUGCUGCUGCUGAAGGACAGCUCUCUGCACAAGGCCCCCUACUUCUUCCUGCUGGAUCUGUGUGUCGCGGACGUGCUGCGCUCGGCCGUCUGCUUCCCGCUGGUCAUGGCGUCGAUCGGCGCCGGCUCCGCCUGGCCGUACGGCGCGCUCAGCUGCAAGAUCGUCGCCUUCAUGUCGGUGCUCUUCUGCUUCCACGUCGCCUUCCUGCUCUUCUGCGUCAGCGUCACCCGCUACAUGGCGAUCGCCCACCACCGCUUCUACUCCAAGCGCGUGAACCUGUGCACCUGCGUGGCGGUGAUCUGCAUGGUGUGGACCCUCUCCGUGGCCAUGGCCUUCCCGCCCGUGUUCGACGUGGGCACCUACAAGUUCAUCCGCGAGGAGGAGCAGUGCACCUUCGAGCACCGCUACGUCAAGUCCAACGACACGCUGGGCUUCAUGCUGAUGCUGGUGGUCAUCGUGGGGACCACCCACGUGGUUUACAUUAAGAUGCUGUGCUUCGUUUACGAUCACCGUAAAAUGAAGCCGACCCAGUUGGUUCCGGCUAUCAGCCAGAACUGGACCUUCCACGGGCCCGGAGCCACCGGGCAGGCCGCCGCCAACUGGAUCGCCGGCUUCGGACGCGGACCCACGCCGCCGACACUGGUGGGCAUCAGGCAGGCUUCCCACCUGGGCAACAGGAGGCUGCUGGUGCUGGACGAGUUCAAGACGGAGAAGCGCAUCGGGAAGAUGUUCUAUCUGAUCACACUGGCCUUCCUCAUUCUGUGGGCUCCUUAUAUUAGCGCCUGCUACCUGAGGAUAUUCAUGCGUGGGGCCCCUGUCCCCGAGCUCCACCUGACUGCUGCGGUGUGGAUGAGCUUCGCCCAGGCGGGGGCCAACCCCAUCAUCAGCUUCAUGUUCAACAGGGAGCUCCGGAUGAGACUCAGGGCCUGUUUUUCCUGCUGCCUGGGGAUGCAGACCCCCAUGGAGCCAUACUGUGUCAUAUGAGCCCCCCUUUCCCUAAAAAAAACAAACACAGCCAAAGACAACUUUAUACUCUCUAACUGCUGGGUUUAAAAUAACCUGAUCUGGUCAUUUAAAUGACAUAACUGGGGUUCAUAUAACAGAUUAUUUAACCACCAAACGCUGAUAAAACAUCCAGCACAUAAAAGUGCUUUAACAGUUUGGGCACAACUAGUUUUGGGUGGAUUUUAAUCAGUAUAUCAGGGUAAAAAUACCAAUCAAAUGUUUUGAAAGAAACCUAAUAAACUAAAUGAGAUCAAUUCUAACUAACUUUGAUGAUUUUGUUUUUUUUAUUAAAGAGUAAUAACAAAUAAUUUUAUGACUAAUAUCCAUAAAUACUAUAAGAACUCUCUUUGUCUGAACAGUGGAGUUCAGGGAAAUUUGAAAAAUUUACAUUAAACAGAAAUUGUUUGAGUUAAUGCUUAUAAAAUAGUUCCCAAAGAUCUUUGGUCUAUAUGGAAAAGUCCAUCUUUCACAGUUUCUAUUAUUUAGUGAUUAGGUUUGCUUCCUUGUUUAUCCUCUGAGGAGUUCUAAUGCUACAACAGAAGAUUAUAAAAGCUUUAUUUUGUAUUAAAAAUGUAUAUUUGGUUUCCUAAACAUUGCUUUUAAAGAAUCCCUUCCCUUUUUGGAUUAAUCAGGAUCAGGUUGGAUUUCUUUAAAUAUUUUGGGGCGUUUUCACGCCUAUAGCUCAAUGACAUUUCUCUGAAUCAGUUGAUGAGUUUGUUAGCUUUUGAAUUCCUCUGGUCAUUUGUUUUCACACAGGUUAGAUUCCA